AUGGAGGCAGCGAACGACCUAAGUCGGGCCGGGGCUGCGCAACACGCCUCGGCAGCCCAAAGCCUCGCUCGGAUUCUCAGAGAGCACAGAGAUAUCCAGCGCAAUGCGUCGCCUCAUUGGACCGCGGCUCCUCUCUCCGUGAUUUAUUUGCUUUGCGUUCAGCUGGAGGAGCCUCGGGAAUGGCAUUUUACAUUGCGGGGGCCCCCAGACUCGCCUUUCGAGGGGGGCCUGUACCACGGGCGAAUUGUGCUGCCUAAUAAUUAUCCCUUCGCGCCACCAGCGCUCAUGCUACUGACAAGAAACGGUCGAUUCGACGUUAACAAGAAGAUAUGCCUAAGUGCGAGUAGCCACCACCCCGAGCUGUGGCAGCCCGCCUGGGGCAUCCGCACUCUCCUCGACGCCCUUUGCGCCUUCUUUCCAACUCCAGCUCAGGGGGCCCUCCACUCCAUAGAAGCUUCUGAGAAGGACAGGCGACAGAUGGCCCUAGAGAGUGUCUCCUGGGUCUGUCCCGUCUGUAAGAGACCCAACAGACAACUCGUCGAGGAAGGCUGCGCCGCUCCGACGGACGCACUUCCGGAGCUACCGGAUCAACUGAAGGCUCAGGCCCUUCUGGCGAAGAAUGGGGGAAAGGAACCACCUCCGGACACAGCAGACCGGGGAGUAAAGGAGCAAAACUUGCAGGUGCGUGGGGUAUACUCUUAG